AUGUCGUGUCUCAGUGGCACCAACUCCACCCUGUUCAUGUUCAUCCUGACGGGCAUCCCCGGGCUGGAAGCAGAACACGCCUGGCUCUCCAUCCCCUUCUCUUCCAUUUACCUUGUCGCACUGGUAGGCAACUGCACGAUCCUGUUUGUCAUCAAGACAGACUCCAGCCUGCAUGAGCCCAUGUACUAUUUCCUCUCUAUGCUGGCCCUCACCGAUCUGGGCUUGUCGCUCUCUACGAUGCCAACGGUGCUCAAACUAUUCUGGUUGAACUCCAGAGAAAUUGGCUUUGAAGCCUGCUUUGCUCAGUUUUGUUUUGUUCACUUUUUCUCCUUCAUAGAGUCCUCUGUGCUCCUCGCCAUGUCCUUUGACCGCUAUGUGGCCAUCUGCAAGCCUCUGAGAUACACCUCCAUCCUCACCAAUGCCAGAAUCGCCAUGAUAGGCCUGGCUAUUCUGGGCAGGAGCGCAUUUCUGCCACUGCCGCUAGCGCUCAUGCUGAGAAGGUUGCCAUUUCAUAAGUCCCGUGUGCUGUCCCAUCCGUACUGUCUGCACCAGGAUCUGAUGCGGCUGGCGUGUGCAGACACCACAUUCAACAGACUGUAUGGGUUAGUUCUAGUUUCCAUUAUAAUGAUAUUAGACCCUUUGCUCAUUGUGGUGUCCUAUGCUUUGAUUUUUAAGACAAUCCUGGGCAUUGCAUCCUUGAAGGAACGUCUGAAGUCCCUCAACAACUGUCUGUCCCACAUCUUUGCUGUGCUAGCACUCUACAUCCCCAUGAUUGGCUUAUCUCUGGUGUACCGGUUUGGCCACCACGCUUCUCCACUGGUUCAUGUCCUCAUGGCAAACAUCUACCUGCUUGUCCCCCCUGUGCUAAACCCCAUCAUAUAUAGUAUUAAAACAAAGCAGAUCCGCAAGGGGAUUGCCAGAGUCUUUGUGCUAAGGAAGAUGUGA